UUUUUGUUAUCUUUUUCAACGUUCUUGAUAGGCUGUGUUGAUUACAGAGCAAUACCUAGUCAUCAUUCUCUAUCAGAAGUAGUGUCAUUCGGAGGACUUUUAAGCCUUCCGUUUCCUAUUGCUCUUGUAUUGACUAUAUUCGUCAUCUGGUGGAUACUACAGGCUGUUAGAUUUGUGUGGGAUAUAUCAAGUUUGAUGGAAAUUCAUGACUUUUAUCUACAUCUCUUGACAAUUCCAGACCAAGAUAUGCAAACUGUUUCUUGGGACAAGGUUGUAAAGCGAAUGAUUGCAAUUCGUAAUACAAACCCAAAUACCUCUGAGCGCUCUUCUGUCAAAAUCACAGUCCAUGAAGUAGCCAAUCGCAUCAUGCGCCGAGAGAACUAUAUGAUUGCUCUAUUCAACAAAGAAGUACUCGACAUGACAAUCCCAUUACCUUAUCUUCGCCACAAGCGUAUCUUUACUCGAGACCUGGAGUGGAACUUAUCAUAUUGUGUUCAGAGCUAUGUGUUUGAUGCCCGAGGUCAGAUUCGAAAGAGAUUUAUGAAACAAGAAAAUCGACCAUUACUUGUAGCUGGUCUGCGGAAACGAUUUAUAUUUAUGGGCAUUGUCAACCUAGUAUUUGCACCUUUUAUCCUGGUCUAUUUAUUUGUAUUUUUUGUCUUUCGAUAUUUUGAGGAGUAUCACAAAAAUCCAUCUGAACUUGGCUCAAGAGCGUAUACCCCAUUUGCAAAGUGGAAGUUUAGAGAAUUUAACGAGUUACCACACUUUUUCCAUGCUCGACUCUGUCAAAGUCUAGAACCAGCAAAUCGUUAUCUGAAUCAGUUUCCGAAAGAAAAGACUGUCUUGUUAGCAAGAUUCGUAUCAUUUGUUGCGGGCGCAUUUGCGGGAGUUCUGGGUCUAUUGACUCUAUUUGAUUCAGAAGCCUUGCUGAAUUUUGAAAUCUCGCCAAAUGGAACCGUUCUGUUUUAUCUGGGCAUAUUUGGUACAGUUUUUGCUGUAGCUCGAGGAAUGAUACCUGAUGAGCACUUGGUAUUUGAACCCAAAAAAGUACUGGCCGAAGUUGUCGAACACACUCACUACCUUCCUAUUGAAUGGCGAGGAAAACUUCAUACAGAAGAGGUUCGGGCACAAUUCUGUCAGUUAUUUGAUUUCAAGGUCGGGAUGUUCUUUCAAGAGGUCCUCAGUGUAAUCUUUACACCCCUGGUUCUUUUAUACUCCCUGCCUCGAUCAACAGAAGCGAUCGUUGAUUUCUUUAGAGAGUUUACGGUUCAUGUGGACGGAACUGGCUAUGUUUGUAGCUUUGCUCAAUUUGACUUUGCACGCCACGGGAAUGUCAAAUUUGGUGCGCCUACUCAAGUGAAUGAUGACCAUCUUGUGAGUCGAGACGGGAAGAUGGAAAAGAGUUUUUUGAACUUCAAGACCCACAAUCCCGAGUGGGUGCCCAAUGAUGAGAUGGGAUCUAUUUAUCUGUCUCGGGUAGCAGCAUUCCAGCAGAGUGGUCCGGGUGGUGUCCUGGGUGGUGGAAGAGGAGGAUUUGGAGCAACAGGAGGAUCCAGAAAGACAAAGAUGUUGAACAAGUAUGGCGUUACCGGGGUUGUACCAAGCCAUUUAGGAGACUCCUUUGUUGGGAGCCAGCAAAUGGGAUGGCAGGAACAAGAGCAUGUAUUCAAAACUGAUGAGUAUGAUGAAGAGGAUGAAGAGGAUGAAGAAGAGGAUGUGAUUAGACAGCCUGGAAUGAAAGGACUUUUGAACCAGUUCUAUACUCUGAAUAACCCGGCAUCUACAUAA